AUGAAACCGGCUGAGUUAAACUAUCCUGUUCGUGAACAAGAUUUACUUGCAAUCAUGCAUGCUCUAGAAGUAUGGCGGGUUUAUAUUCUAGAUCGACAAUUUACAGUCGAAACAGAUCAUAAGAGUAUUGAGAUGAUUCUCACGCAGAAGACUACGAAUCGCCGUGUAGCAAGAUGGUUUAAUGAACUUGCGGAAUUCCAACCGUUGUUUAAGCUUCUCAAGUAA